AUGUCUGGUUCCCAGCGUCGGCAGGAGCGGCAACUUACCCCUUCUGAUGGGUUUCGCCCAGCUUCAAAUAGCGCACGAAAUCGGCGACCAAAAGUAGUACUCGAACAGUUAGGCGAGGGCUGCAUUGUUUGGCUUCCUACCAAAGACGAGAACGAUGAUGGAACGAUUAAAUGCAUUAAGGAGCGUUGUUGCGAGAAUAAGGAGCUCCACAGCGAAGGCUACGGCCACCCGAUACUGGUUUUGAAAAUUAAGCAACAUGGGAUAUGUUCCUUUGCGGAAGUUACUUCGAAACAAACAAGAUACAGAGUGCCAAUAAUGCAAGACUCUCCAGCCGAUCCUGAAGCCCCUGUCACGUGGCAGCUAUAUCUCGAGAAGGGAAAAAUGGACUGCAAGUCAUACAUCAAAACCGAGCAUAUAUUCGACGUAUCGGUCGCGCUACUCCGCACCUGCAGUUUCCGCUGGACAAGCAAGCCGUCCGACAUACGCCUCACCCAUAAAAGCUACCAGUAUCUUGCGAAGAAAGUUGGUCUCGAAGGAUAUAAAACUUGGGUUUCAACCACAUUGCUUGACAGGGGCCAGGGAGGAUAUAGAGUUGAUUAUCAGCAAAUUUCGCAAAUUCAGCAGAGAAUGGACGCUUCUGUAGGUGCCGAUCCCCAGGCUUGUAUGCAUAAUAGGAAUGCAGCUCCAUUACCUUUAUUGCAAAGAUCAGCCACGGUUAGAAUUCCCACCGUCUCAGUAGCUAAUAGCACAUGGGCAACCCGGCCAAAUGCGCGACCACCACGACCACCUACGGCAAACAUGUCAUCCUGGCAAACGGAGCGUGAAAGACGGGCGCAUCAGAGGCCACAGAAUGGCGCCGACUGGGAGGAUUUGGAAUCAGAUCGAGCUAGGUGGCCUUCAGAUGACAGCGAUGGUGAUGGUUCGCUAUCAUGGGGAUAUCUACUUCUGGGUGUUGGAAUGGUUGGGUUUGGAACGGUUGUAUACCUUUUUAGAUGGACCAUAUGGAGAUGGCUUAGUAGUUGA